AGCUCCAUCAUCUCCUCCCACUAUAGGCCCCGACGCCAUACAUCCAAAACCCUAAUUCUUCUCUGCACACUUGCCCUACCAACACUUAUUCCAAAUCCCAACCAAGUAACCAAAACUAGGGUUUUAUGGACCCCAAAAAGCUGAGAAAAGCCACAAAACCUAAAUUUCUAGACCUUCACCCAGCAACUCGAAUUUCUAGGGCUCAUGCAGACCCCAAUUCGCCGAGAAAAUCCGAAUACACCAAAUUGCACCUCCGCGGACGAAGACAGCCAACCUACGCGGGAAGCGAGGAAGAAAUAAGGUGUACGGCAACGGUGGGUUCGUGCGGAACAAUGGACCAGACGAAGCGUUUGGGUUGCGCCCCCGAGUCGUGCCCGGGAAGUAUCCCAGUGACCCGAAUGAAAGGGUUGGGGCUUACUCGAUUAUAUGGCAUGUGCACUGCACGCACCAAUGGGAAGGACGAAAGUCUGGAACGUGUAAAUGACCGACGAAUUAAAGGAGGUCAAGCUUUAAUGGCGGGGAUUUUCGUUUGCGAAAAUUUGAAGUGCUCUCGUAGUCGGAGGCAUUGCGCGUAGGGAAUACCUGCCCGUUCGGUGGGGAACAGGAGUUUGGUGGUGUUAGCACGC